AUGACGGAGUCGCGACAAACCCAAUAUAAAAAUAUGGGAAAAGAUAGCGAGGCUUUGAGGAAGAGUCGUGUGGAAAAUAUUAUUUCUAUUCGAAAAGAUAAACGUGAGGAAACAUUGUCAAAGCGUCGAAACAUACCUGUUGAAUCGCUUGAUUCGGAUGAUGCUUCGACGAGUGCAGGUGGUGUAGUUGUUAAUGGAACAUACAGUCGUAAUACUCUGGAAGAUAUUGUCAAGAAAGCGAGCAGUCAAGAUCAGGAGGUGCAACUGUCUGCUGUGCAACAAGCGCGGAAAUUGCUUUCAUCUGACCGUAAUCCGCCAAUUGAUGAUCUGAUUGCAUCUGGUAUUUUGCCGAUUUUGGUGCAGUGUUUAAGUUCUGACAACGUAACGCUGCAGUUUGAAGCAGCAUGGGCACUGACAAAUAUUGCAUCAGGAACUUCGCAGCAAACGCAGUCUGUUGUUCAGGCUGGUGCUGUACCCUUGUUUCUGGAACUUUUGUCCUCGGGCAAUAUGAACGUCUGUGAGCAAGCUGUUUGGGCACUUGGGAAUAUUAUUGGUGAUGGACCACAUUUCCGCGACUACUGUAUUCAGCUUGGAAUUGUUGAACCACUGUUGAAAUUUAUUACACCUGGCAUUCCGAUUGGAUUUCUUCGUAAUGUUACUUGGGAUCCACCACCAUCACCAGAAAUUGUUCAAACACUUUUACCUGCAUUAGCUGCACUGAUAAGUCAUACGGAUCAAAAUAUAUUGGUGGAUACUGUCUGGGCGUUGUCUUAUCUUACGGAUGGUGGAAAUGAGCAAAUCCAAAUGGUCAUUAACAGCGGUGUAGGUUCUUUGGUUGUCCAAAGUGAAGUUGUGAGCAAUUUGAUCCCCCUUCUUUCUCAUCCUGAAGUAAAAGUUCAAACUGCAGCACUUCGUGCCGUCGGAAACAUUGUUACUGGAACGGAUGAGCAGACACAACUUGUGCUGGACUGUGGUGUUUUGCAACAAAUGCCUGCAUUACUUUCGCAUCAGAAAGAGAAAAUAAAUAAGGAAGCUGUUUGGUUCUUAUCCAAUAUAACCGCUGGUAAUCAAGCACAAGUGCAAGCAGUAAUUGAUGCUGGCUUAAUGCCAAUGAUUAUACAUUUGUUGGAAAAGGGAGACUUCCAGACGCAGAAGGAAGCAGCAUGGGCAGUUUCGAAUGUAACAAUCAGUGGACGUGCCGAACAAGUGGAAUAUAUGGUUUCACAAGGUGUUGUACCACCGUUUUGUGCCCUACUCUCUAUACGUGAUUCACAAAUUGUGCAGGUUGUCCUGGAUGGCCUCAACAAUAUUCUCAAAAUGGCUGGACCCCGCUCGGAAUCAAUUUGUACCAUGAUUGAAGAGUGCGGAGGUUUGGAUAAAAUUGAACAUUUGCAAAAUCAUGAAAGUGAAGAAAUCUAUAAACUGGCAUAUGAAAUCAUCGAUAAUUACUUUUCGGAAACCGACGAUGAUGGAAUAGCGACUGGCGACCAUUUCUUUGAAUCGACUCAACAGAAUGUUCCGUCAGAAGGAUUCUCGUUCCAUAAAGCGAAACAAAUCUACAAAGGGCAACGAUUAUUUCCAGAAAAUGUCGUGGUAGAUUUUGGUGUCAUUGUUGUCCUCCGUCAUGAUUCAUGGAGCUCAUCUGGCGCAACGUAUGUUGCCAAAUGCAUAUCACACUUCAACGUUCAUUAA